AUGAUUCAUCGAUUUCGCACAAAAAAUCGGUCCAAUUAUCAUGCCUUCGGUGGUGGGUCUUUCCUAAUCUCCGUGAAACGGUGCGAAUCGGCGAAGAACACCGGAAGAUCAACAGUUCUCAAUCAGCGAUUGUUUCUCCUCUAUGCAUGCAUUUACAGGAGGCCACAAGGUCGUUACAUCAGCUUGAAAGAGAAGGUUUCCGACCUAAGCUUGGAGGAAGAUGAUGUUCUGAAGCUAGUAAGUGAAAAGAGUGAGAACAGAGUUGUAAGGAAUAUAAAGGCUUCAAUGAAAUGCAGUGAUAGAGAAGUUUCCAAGCCUGCAACCGAGAGCUUCUCUUUCAGAAUUCCUCCAUCAGAAAACAUUGAAUCUCAAGGAAGGUCGGAUCUUCCGGGAAUAGAUGUGUUGGUCUCAGCUGCAAAGAGAAAGAGCCGCCUCUGGUCACAGCCAACUGUCAGAUUGAUGUUAAGAUAG